AUGCCACUGCCCCAUGGUUGCCUCAAUGGCAGGAUCAUGAAGUGUUUGACUUUUUUUCUUCUGCUUCCAGAGACCUUAAAGAAGUCCAAAAAGAGUGUGAGGUCAAACAGCAAGGUGCCAGGAUGCUAUGAGAUAGUGCCCCUGUCCCUCAAGAAGAAGAUGGCUGCAGAACUUUACCCUGCCAGCACCAACACCAACAUUGCAAACAGUAACGCCGCCGCCGCCGCCACCGCUGCCAACAGCAAGAAGAACGCCCUGCAGCUUCAGCAGAGCGCUCAGCCGCCCCCGCCGCCACAGCUCCAGAACCUCAACAACAACAACUUGGAAAGCGCCAACUGGCAGUCCUUCCACCCCACCUUGCGGGAGAGGAACGCGCUGAUGUUCAAUAACGAACUCAUGGCUGACGUUCACUUCAUCGUGGGCCCGCCUGGGGCAUCCAAGAAAGUUCCUGCCCAUAAGUAUGUUUUGGCAGUGGGUAGCUCUGUCUUCUACGCUAUGUUUUACGGCGAUCUUGCAGAGGUCAAAUCUGAAAUCCAUAUACCAGAUGUGGAACCUGCAGCCUUUCUAAUCCUAUUAAAAUACAUGUAUAGUGAUGAAAUAGACCUGGAAGCUGACACGGUGCUGGCUACCCUGUAUGCUGCCAAGAAGUACAUUGUGCCGGCCCUAGCAAAGGCUUGCGUCAAUUUUCUGGAGACCAGUUUAGAAGCGAAGAAUGCUUGUGUCCUGCUGUCUCAGAGCAGGCUCUUCGAGGAGCCAGAGCUGACGCAGCGCUGCUGGGAAGUGAUUGAUGCUCAAGCAGAAAUGGCACUGAAGUCAGAGGGCUUCUGUGAAAUAGAUCAACAAACACUAGAGAUCAUUGUAACCCGGGAGGCACUCAACACCAAGGAAGUGGUAGUUUUUGAGGCUGUUCUCAACUGGGCAGAGGCUGAAUGCAAAAGGCAAGGGCUACCAGUUACACCACGCAACAAGAGGAAUGUAUUAGGAAAGGCUUUGUAUUUGGUGCGGAUUCCAACCAUGACUUUGGAAGAGUUUGCCAAUGGAGCUGCCCAGUCGGACAUCCUCACCCUUGAGGAAACUCACAACAUAUUCCUAUGGUACACUGCUGCAAAUAAACCCAAACUAGAGUUUCCACUAACAAAAAGAAAAGGACUCAUACCACAGCGAUGCCAUCGGUUUCAGUCAUCUGCAUAUCGCAGCAAUCAGUGGCGGUACCGAGGGCGAUGUGACAGUAUUCAGUUUGCCGUAGACAAACGGAUAUUUAUAGCAGGACUGGGACUGUAUGGGUCAAGCUGUGGCAAGGCCGAAUACAGUGUCAAAAUAGAACUGAAGCGGUUAGGUGUUGUCCUUGCUCAAAAUCUGACAAAGUUUACCUCCGAUGGCUCCAGUAACACGUUCUCUGUGUGGUUUGAACACCCUGUGCAGGUCGAGCAAGACACAUUUUACAACGUAAGUGCUAUUCUUGAUGGUAAUGAACUCAGUUACUUUGGGCAAGAGGGAAUGACUGAAGUGCAGUGCGGGAAAGUGACAUUCCAGUUCCAGUGCUCCUCGGACAGUACCAAUGGAACUGGAGUACAAGGAGGACAAAUACCUGAGCUCAUUUUCUAUGCAUGAUGCAUUUCACCUUGAUUGUAUUCCAAUACUGCAAUGAUGUGCAUUAAGGGAUUUUUCAGUUUUGCUAUACACUCUGCAGCAGUAUGGAAUGUUACGCUACUUACCUAUCUGCUACAUGAGGCUAUACAAAUAAGU